AUGUACCCCCUUUCCACCAGCAGGAACCAGGUCCGUAACCAUCUGUACACAGUAAAGGCAUAUCCUGACUUCACUCUGGACUCCCGCUUUGCUCGACAGGCAGAGGAAAUCGCAGAUGCUAUUGAAAACAAUCAAACUCGUCAAGCAACAUAUCUGUCAGAGAAACUCAUACUUGAUUAUGGAACCCAUGUCAUCACAAGUGUUGAUGCUGGUGCCACUUUGGUGCAAGAGGACUAUUUAAAAAUGUCUUAUGUAUCUAACAGUCAGUCGGACGUGUCUUCUGUUACUGCAUCAGCAGGAUUUAACUUUUUUGACAAGGUUAAAUUUGAUAUUGGUGGCAGUACAUCCCAUACAACCUCUCAAAACAGCGGUUAUCAGGGAAAUAUCAUAUAUUCGCUAAUGCAGAGCCAUGGAGGAGCUUUAUUCUACCCAGGCAUCACUCUGCAGAAGUGGCAAGAGAGUACGCUCAAUAAUCUGGUGGCUAUUGACCGCUCCGGGCUGCCGAUUCACUAUUUUCUGAAUCCAACAACAUUCCCAGACCUCCCAGUACCAACAGUAAAUAAAAUGGCUUCAUCAGUUCGUCAGGCUGCAGAGCAAUAUUAUAAAGUAAACACUAUUCCAGGUUGUGUAAGUCCAGAUUCCAAAAAUUUCAACUUUCAAGCAAAUGUAGAUGAUGCAUCUUGUGAGGGUCCAGUCACCAAUCUUAGCUUUGGAGGCAUUUACCAACAAUGCACUCCACUGACAUCAGAUGGAAAUGCUAUCUGUGAUGAAACAGCACAGAAAAACCCAGCUACUGGUGAUUAUUCUUGCCCUCAGCAGUACUCCACCACCCUGUUAUGCUCUGAGACAGUAGAACGAGGUUAUAAUCAUUAUGAAUGCCACAGCCACUGUCACAAAUGUGGUUUCUUAUGGUUGCGUACUUGUUGUGAUCAAACAUGUGGUGAUGCUUACCGUGUUCGUCGUGCAAAAGUUGAAACUUACUGGUGUUCCUCAACUCAGAAAACCCCUGAGUACUCUGGAUAUCUUUUUGGAGGUCUAUUUAGACCAGGCAUGCAAAACCCACUGACCAAAUCUAAUAGCUGUCCUCCAAACUACUUUGCCCAACACUUUUUGUCUAAUGGCAUGAUGGUUUGUAUGAGCAAUGAUUAUGAGGCUGGAACAAGAUUCUCUGUGCCUUUUGCUGGUUUCUUCAGCUGUCAAUCUGGCAACCCUCUUGCAAAGGGUCAAAAUCGUUGUCCACCUCAGUUCAGCCAACAUCUUGCUGCCAUUAGUGAUGGCUGUCAGAUAUUGUACUGUGUCCAGUCCGGUGUUUUCACUGGUGGUCAGUUAAUGCCUAUCCGCCUCCCACCAUUCACAAGACCACCGAUGGUCAGCAUGAUUGCAACAAACACUGUAGCUGUAAUGACAGAAGGUGAUCGUUCUUGGGUGAGAGUUGGAGAAACUAAAAUGUGGAGAUUGGCAAAACCUGGUGAAAUUAAUCAAAUGGCAUCAAUGUUUGACACAUCAUCUUCUUCUCAGAUGUCUGGAGGAGAAAAAGCUGGUAUAGCCAUUGGUGUAAUGGUUCUGGUUGCUCUUGUGAUUGCAGGAACAGUGUUUAUGAAAAGGAGAAAGAGGUUUUCUGCCAUCAGGUUAAGGAGAGGGUAUGAAGAGAUUCAUAGCGAGGGACUAUCAUAA